AUGCAGAUGUCGUAUUGUCUUGAAACACCCAACGCGAUCUUGAUGGCGAGCGGACGGUCCAAGCUCACGCUCGAGCGCGUGCUGGGCACGACCGCGCAUGGCAACGCGAGCAUGAGCGUGAGCAGCGCGAGUGGCGAGAUCGCGUACGCGGCCGGCUGCGUCGUCGUCAUGUACAACUUUCGCCGGGACAAGCAGACGCGCUACUACCGCGUCGAGAAGCCCGUGUCGGCGCUCGCCUUCUCGGGCGAUGGCAGUCUCCUCGCGAUCGCCGAGAAAGGCCACGCGCCGUCCAUCACCGUUUGGGACGUUGGCACCGGGCAGCUGCGCGCCGACCUCAAGCGCCACACGCAUGGCGUCGCAGCGGUGGCCAUGAGCACCGACGGUCGCCUCCUCGUCUCGGCCGGCCUCGUCCACGACAAGAUGCUGUACGCAUGGGACACGGCGACGCAGACGCUGCUCGGUGCGGCACUUCUCUCCACCAAGAUCCACGGGCUCGACUUCAGCGUCGGCGGGCGCGCGUUCGUCUCGGUCGGCGACGGCCACGUUCAGUUUUGGCGCCUCGAUAGCAACGACCGGCUCGACACGAGCGGUCAGCUCCUCCCGGAUGGCCUCGCGGAGCUGCGGCCGACGCCGGCGACCAUGUCCCGCUUGGCCGACGCUGCCUUUGUGGGCGUCAGCUGCAGCGAGGCCAAGACGUUUUGCGUCACGCGCUGUGGGUUUCUGUGCUGCUUUGGCGACACAACCAUGGAGCGGCUCGUGUCCAUCGAAGCCGGUAAAGGCUUUGCCGUCUCGGUGACCACCGAGUUUGUGGCGGUCGGCGGCGCAUCCUCGAUCGUCCGACUCUUUGAUCCGAGCACGCUCGAGUACAAGAUGACACUGCCGUUCCCAGCCCACUGCAGCACGACGCCGCUCGGCGACCACCUCCUCCUGCCACCGACGCCGACGACCUUUCCCGCCGUCGUCGCGGUGCGGGUGACCGGCGCCCACAUUGCGGUGCUGUAUGCUGACCGUGCGCUUCUGCUGCUCGAGAUUCCGACGCGGACCGUGACGCGCGCCUUCCUCUUCCACAGCGGCCCGAUCAACGGCGUGGUCGCGAUCGGUGCCGUCACAGGCCUCGACGCCCGGCAGCGCGCCCAGUGGGCGCCCCCCGCACCGUCGGCAACGUACCCGAUCCCUGACGGCACGUUUGCGACCGUCUCGGACGACCACACGCUGCGGUUGUGGCACCUCGAGUACACCAAAAAGCACAAAUUCCCGCAGCCGUGGUGCCACGCUCACAGCAGCGACCUCCUCGCGUCCGUUGUCGUCACUGAAGCGUCGGUCGCCUCCGAGACGGUGCCCGAUGUUCACACGCCCCGGGACUCGGCCGACGCGACGCCGGACGCCGGGCUGCAGUGUCUCGCGGUCUCGGAAGCAUCCAAGAUCGCAGUCGGGGACAAGCAUGGACGGAUUCACCGCAUCGACUUGCAGUGGCCACUCAAGCGACCGGUGGUACUGCCGACGCCGCAUGCCAGCGCUGUCCUCUCGAUCGCGUAUGGCCCGCAUGGGCACUUGGCGUCGGGCGGCCGCGAUCGGCUCCUGCACGUCUACGCGCCGACGGGCGAGCUUCUCAAGACGCUUGAAAACCACUCGGGCGGCGUGCACUGCGUGCGCUUCUCGGACGACGGCAAGCGCAUCGUGUCCGGCGGCGCCGACCAUGCGAUCGUGUUCACACAGGUGACAGACGACCGGGUCUUUCGCUACAACUCGAUGGCGGUCGCCGGCGGCCGUCUCCACGACGUCGUCGUCCUUGGCAACGAUCACAUUCUCUCCGCCGUGCACGCCCGCAUCGACGUCCAUACGCUCGUCAGCAACAAACACGUCGCGUCCUACCCGCUCGGCGAACACCACCACAUUGGCGUGACGCCCGGACCGUCACUGGUCGCGCUCUCGGGGGCGACCGACAAGACCGUCUACAUCGUUGACUAUGCGACGGGCGACGUCCUGACCAAGGCAGCAGGCCACGGCGAUGCUGUCACGGGCGUUCUCUUUACAUUGGACGGACGCCGCCUCAUCUCGACGAGCGCCGAUGGUUGUAUCUUUGUGUGGCGUCUCUCGGAAGACCUCCAAGCACGCUACAAGGCACAGUUGCCUCUCGUCACGGCCCCAGCAAUGACCGUCGCCGACGCACCGCCCGUCAUGCCAAGUGUUUUCGCGAUGCCGCCGCCCGCACCGCCAGUGCCAGUGCGGACGACACCGCCCAUUGCGCUCGUUGCGGCACCACCUGCACGAGUCGAAUUCAGCCCCGAGACAACGGUUGCGACCGACGUGACACCCAAGACGACGUCACCGGAGAUCCAGAUCGUCACCAAGUCGUGGCAAGACGGCAAGCAAGUCGUGCCGGGUCCAUUGGCACCGCUCCCGAUGGAAGACUGGAUGAAAACGCGGGGGCCGCCGCUGCCGCCCGUCGAGCUCACACCGCCCAAGACCGCCGACGCGCCGCCUCUCGACCGGGUUCCUGACUGGGCGCGCACGAUCAAGCCGCUGUCCUCGGCUCCAUCGCCCUUUGUCGUCGAGCCUCGAGGCAAGUGGGGCGCCGCCGGGGUCGUCGACAGCAUCGCAGCCGUCGAGUCGCCCUCCGACUCGGACGCCAGCGACGACGACGACGGUGACGACGACAAUGGCGGGAUCGAGACCGAAACGCUGUACAUCAAGCAGUCGAGCGGAGCGCUUCAGUCGGUUGACGUUCCGAUCAAGCGCUCGAGUGCGUCGGACGCUGGGAUCGCUGAGAUUCUAGCAGUGGCGACGGCGGCCACGACACUGGACCACGCGCGGGAGCUGCACUCGAAGCGCAAAAUGCAGCGAGAGACUGCCCUCGCUGUUGCUGAGAUGCAGUCCAAGCUCGGGCAACUCGGCAUUCUCAAGCAGCGCAAGCCCGAGUACGAGAAUGAUACCUUCACCGCUGGCUACCGCGCCGAAGUCCACGGCGGUGGUCUCGGACGGGUGACGACCGACGUCGACAGUAGCACCGUCGUCAUGCAGUCGCUCGACGUCCACUCAGUCGAUGUCAAGGUGGUUCCACUCCCCAGUCCGCCGCCACCGAUGGUGCCUCGUGUCUCGAUCAGCCUUGAUAUGACAUCGACAGACGUGUCGUUGAGCCAAUUCAUUGCGGGCCACAAGCUGCAGGCCGAGCCCACGCCACCGCCAGUAGAAACGUCGCAGAGCAUGGAUGCCACGCCCGUCAAUGUGUCGUUGAGUCGGUUUCUGGACGGUGACGCGAUGGCCAUGACAGCCAGCGUUGAUUUGACGCCAAGUAACGUGUCCUUGAGCACGUUUACAACCGGGUAUCACGCCGCGUCACCGGUCAUCCGCCGAGACGCGACCCCAGCGACAAGCGUAGACACAACGCCGACGAACGUGUCGCUCAGUGUCUUCACGGCAGGGUACCACCAAGACAUUGGGCCCUCGGUGCAGCCAAGUGUCUGUGAUAGCAUGGACGUGACGUCGUCUCUCAGUCGCUACGUCACGGGCUAUGACGCCGUGCCGACAGCCGUCUCGGCGAGCAUGGACGUAUGCGACGUAUCGCUGAGUACAUUUGUCGCGGGCCACGCACCGAGGACCGCGUCACCGCGGGUCUCUCAGAGCCUCGACCCAACGACAUCGUCCUUCAGUGCGUUCACGGCAGGCUACAACCGCCGCAGUGUCGAGACGAGCUCAAGUCUGAACCUCGGCAACAUCUCUUUGAGUGAGUUUACCUCUGGGUACCAGCCGACCGACACUGUAGCAGCAAGCAUCGAGAUCCCCGUCAACAUGUCCCUGAGCACGUUUGUCGCCGGGCACCGUCCGUUGUCGCCCAAAACAUGCGCCGCGGUGACAGGCGACCCAGCGCCAUCCGUACGAGCCGCCGUGACGUCCUCCAGCAGCAGCAGCAUCGACCUCACCAACGUCUCGCUCAGUCACUUUGUGCAUGGACAUGAUCUCGGCCUGGAUGAUGCUGGCGCGUCACCUCGAACUCCAAGCCACGCAUCGGUGAUGUCGUCCAGCGAAAGCAUCGACCUCAUGAACGCAUCACUGAGUCAUUUCGUUCAUGGCCACCAUGAUCUUCUCGAGGGACCUCCCACCCUUCGCCACGGCGCGGAGGCCUCGACCAGCAAGGUCUUUGUGAGCGCUGACGGCGCACCACCAUUCAACGACGUGCUUCAGGACUUGCAUGCGCAGGUCGGCGCCACUGUCGACCUCUUCGCCGACGUCGUUGCCGUCAAUACGGCCGACACGGAAGCCGCCGAAAUCGCCGAGAUGGCACGGCUCCUCCAGCUCAAGAUUGCAGCCUACGCUGCGCGCACGACGUAGGCAUUCAAAAGCGCUCACUUCGAAC